AUGGCCUCCAGCGCGCGGCCGAUCGUGACGGCGUCCUUGUCCAGUGCGCCCGGCGGGUCCUCAGCCGGGUGCGGCCUCCUCGGCGGCGUCGGGAGGAGGGGAAGGAGGAACGGCGACGUCGGUGUCGGAGGAAGUGCUGGUGAUGUGCUAGAGGACAAUCCUAUUGGAAGGUUGAAGGUUUUCAUCUAUGACUUGCCAAGCAAGUACAACAAGAGGAUUGUCACCAAGGAUCCGCGAUGCCUCCAUCACAUGUUUGCUGCCGAGAUAUUCAUGCAUCGUUUCUAUCUCUCUAGUGCGGUGCAAACACUCAACCCAGAAGAAGCUGAUUGGUUCUACACGCCGGUUUACACUACAUGUGAUCUUACUCCUGCUGGACUUCCGCUUCCAUUCAAGUCCCCAAGGAUGAUGAGAAGUGCAAUCCAGUUUAUUUCAAACAAGUGGCCUUUCUGGAACAGAAUUGAUGGAGCUGAUCACUUCUUUGUUGUUCCACAUGAUUUUGGUGCAUGCUUUCACUAUCAGGAAGAAAAGGCUAUCGAACGCGGAAUUCUUCCAAUGCUCCGCCGUGCUACAUUGGUCCAAACAUUUGGACAGAAGAACCACGUCUGCCUGAAAGAGGGUUCUAUCAUUAUACCGCCAUAUGCACGUCCACAGAAAAUGCAGGCUCACUUGGUAAUGACCCUGAGGGUGGGUAUUAUGCGAGGUGCCCGAGCAUCACUGUGGGAGAACUUCAAGAACAAUCUCUUUGAUAUCUCCACAGAUCACCCUGUCACUUACUACGAAGAUAUGCAGCGUGCAGUCUUCUGCUUGUGCCCACUGGGAUGGGCACCAUGGAGCCCAAGGCUGGUGGAGGCCGUGGUUUUCGGCUGCAUUCCAGUCAUCAUAGAUGAUGACAUUGUUGUACCAUUUGCUGAUGCUAUCCCAUGGGAGGACAUUGGAGUUUUUGUCGACGAAGAGGAUGUUCCGAAGCUAGAUUCAAUCCUCACUUCCAUUCCAAUCGAAGAUAUUCUCCGGAAGCAAAGAUUGCUUGCCAAUCCAUCUAUGAAGAAGGCCAUGUUGUUCCCACAGCCAGCCCAACCUAGGGACGCAUUCCAUCAGAUCCUAAACGGCCUUGCUCGCAAGUUGCCACACAUGCAGAGUGUAUACUUGCAACCAGGAGAGAAGCACCUCAACUGGACUGCUGGGCCUGCUGGAGAUCUGAAGCCUUGGUAG